AUGCCGCUGUCGAACACUUCAAUAGCGGUGUUGAGACAACAAAUGGACGAUAGUAACCAUGAAUUGGUUAACAUGUUGACCAACCAGAUGGGCAUAAUAUUUAAUCCAGUAAUACAAGAAUCUGCUGAAACAAAUAGGCAUGUGGCGAAUCAAUUGACACGCUUGUGCAAUUUUCUGGGGGCACUGGCUCGACAGAUGGUACAAGUGUUUAGGCAAGUUGUUCCUGUGCAAAUGGAGAUAGGGGCAGCGGAAGAUGAGACAGUCCAUGAAGGACAAAUCAUUAGACCCCUUCAAAACCAAGGCGUCGAAUCAGGAGUCGCAAGACGUAACCAGAUGGUACUGGUUAAUCGACAACAGCAUGCUGAUCAAAUUAUCGACCAACAGCGACAAGAAGACUUAGUAGUGGAAAAUAAUUUGACAACUAUUGUCGAAAGGAUUAUGGCUAGAAAUGGCAUGGGUGCUACAUUGCAAAGGCCAUUAUACUUAACAGAGUCAGAAGAUCUAGCUCAUAAUGAAUGUUUGAGAGUAAAAAACUUUCCCUCCUCUCUGACUAAGGUUGCCUUCACAUGGUUUACUUCAUUGGCCCCAAGUUCAAUCGAUUCGUGGGCCAAAUUAGAAAAGAAGUUCCAUGAACAGUUUUACGAAGGACACUCUAAAAUUAGUUUGGAAGAAUUGUCUAGUAUCAAGAGAAGGUUUGCUGAGAGCAUCGACGAUUAUCUGAAUCGUUUUAGGUCCUUAAAGGCUAGGUGUUUUACGCAAGUGCCAGAACAUGAACUGGUUCAAAUGGCCGCGGGAGAACGAUUAAGGUUAGAAAAAGUUAGGCACAAUAAGUCUAAGAAAGAAAAGGUAGCGUUUGUCGAAUACGAUGCAAUAGACCCAAUAUGUGAGGCUAAUUAUGCUUUAUCGACCGAAUUAGAAAUCGACGUGGCUGAACUAAAGCCAGGAUCCGUCUAUGAGUGUCGAUCAUUGCUUUCUGCGCAAGGAAAAAACCCUGUCGAACACAACCAAAAAUUCCCUUCGAAAACUUAUACUUUUGAUGUGUCGAAAUGUGAGGAAAUUUUUGACUUGUUGGUCAAAGAUGGUAAAAUGGCGGUACCUCUUGGUACUAAAAUACCACCGUUAGAAUAG